UGAAUGACAUCAACUCAGAACGAAAAAUGGCUUCCAGCACUUCUACUCGUCGUGUGGUUUUAUUAUGUUGUGGGUCAUUUAAUCCCAUAACUAACAUGCAUUUGAGAAUGUUUGAAAUUGCAAGAGAUUACUUACAUCGCACAGGAAAAUACCAAGUUUUAGGAGGAAUUAUUUCACCUGUAAAUGAUGCAUAUGGAAAAAAGGAUUUAAUUGAAAGUAAACAUCGACUAGAGAUGUGUCGCUUAGCUCUGCAGACAUCUGAUUGGAUAACAGUUGAUUCGUGGGAAUGUGAGCAGAACCAAUGGCAUCCAACAAUGAAGGUAUUAACACAUCAUCAGAAAGCAGCACUUGCUAAUUAUAAUGCAUGUAAAGGUGUGCAGGUGAGAGGUGUAAAGAGACGGAGACAAGACAACGACCAGUGCACAGGUUCCCAAGAUAUCAACUAUGGGGAAAAUAAUGCAAGGACAUCACAACGGCUACGAGGUCGUUACAAGCCGAUCCAGUUGACAAACAUGCCUACAUUGACUAAAACGAAACGUUGUGUACAUUCUCAAGUAGAUGUUGAGACAACUCAAGAUCAGAGUGACAGUGAUUUGCAAGUGAAGUUACUAUGUGGUGCUGAUCUCCUGGAGUCAUUUGCUGUUCCAGGACUUUGGGCUGACCAAGAUGUUGAGGAUAUCGUGAGCAAACAUGGCAUAGUGGUGAUAACUCGUGAAGGAUCAAACCCUCAAAAGUUUGUCUAUGAAUCUGAUGUUCUCUACAGGAAUUCAAAAAAUAUUCAAAUAGUGACAGAAUGGAUCUACAAUGAAAUAAGCUCAACAAGGAUAAGACGAGCUCUUAGUCGGAAUGAGAGUAUACGCUACCUUGUUCCCGAGAGUGUUAUUCAGUACAUCAAGACUAAUGAGCUCUACCAAAAGGACAGCAACAAGAAUAAAAGUAAAUAAACAUCUUCUGAAAGGUUCAGCUUUUGGCACCAUGGCCAAAUUUUUUUUUGUUUUUCAGAAUUACUGGGAUGCUGCUGUUUGUGUAUCACCAUUUUACCUGUGUAUAAGUUGUGGCACGGUUUUGUCAAAUAGAGUUACCAACCAAUUCUGUUUCCAUGGAUACAAUGUUUUUUUAGAGUUCAGUAUUGGUAAUUUAAGGCUAUUAUAAGACUAACCGUUGUCAUGCUAUGAUUGUAUGUUUGGAUUACACAGACAUUUACUGAUGACUAAAGGUAGCAGAGAGCAUAAUGAAAAACUCUCAAAUUUAAUUAAAAACUGAGUGUACAUCUAUCUGUCGGUACUACCAGCACUGUAGGCACAUGUCAGUAUGAACAUGGAGGUAUAAAUAGAAAUGUUGAAAAUCAGAUGUUGUGUAAUCCAAAUUUGCUAUCUGUUAGAUCAGUGGGCAUUUACACUUUCAACAAGCUUUUUCUAUCUUUCUACUACUCUCUGAACUGAAAAAUUGAAAUAAAGCAAACAUAGCCUUUGGUGGAAUCCCCUCCAUAAAGCAAAAUGUAAACGGAUGUUGCAAUGAAUGUAUUGUACAGUAGUUAGUUUUAUUGUAAACAAAUUAUGCAAUUCAAGUUUAAAGAACAUUCCUUGUGCAUCUUUGAGCUAUAAAGGCAAUGAGUCCACUGUAAAAUAUUUUAAAAACUUUGUAGCACAUUUCAUCAAUUAUAUUGAUAUAUUUUACCUUUUUUUUUUUAACCUUAAUAAAAACCAUAUUAUUUUAUUUACACAUGGUGUACCGAAAAAAAUUUGUUAUAUGUUUAAUUAUAUUAUUGCAAUACAUUUUACAUUAUUUAUUGUUAAUUUUGUAGAAGAUAAAUAUUAAGCUCAUGUUCAGUACUGUACUGUAGGAAUUCUGCUUUAGUUAUAAUUUAACAACAGCCUGACUAGUGUCCAAACCUUUUUAUCUAUCAUUAAUCCAUUGUGCAUCAUUAAUGUGUAUUCUUGAUAUUACUCUCAGCCUCUGUAAGGGUAGUUUUGAUUGUUUUGUAUCAUCAUUUGGAGCUAUUGAACAUGGUUAAUCUAUUCUGUGACCUACCCAGAGGCAGUGGAAAUUGGGUGAGCUUGUGCAGCAGUGCAUAAUGGCAGAUGUAGUAUUUAGUUGUGUAUGGGACAAUUUUAAUGGAAACGAUUAAGUAUUUAUAUAUCCUUUAGGUUAAGUGUUGCUGCCAUAUUGACACAGUAGCAGACAACCGUAAGAGGUACCCAUUUAUACUUGUAGGUGGGGAAAAGCAAUGCAGAUAAAGUGCCUUGCUCAAGGACAUAAGCGAAGUGCACAGCCUGAGGGUAGAAUUGAAAUCCCAACUUUGAGGUUGGCAAACCAAACUGCUUCCGAAGAUAAGAUACAGAAGAGAAAAAGGAAAAGCAAUGUGGUUAUUUGUUUAUGGCUGUAGGAAGCUGUUGUCAGUGCAAAGUGACUCUGGGAAACACCUAGUGAAAUCUAUAAUGUCACAUGAACCACUCUGAAUCGCAUCACAGUCGAGAAAUAUGGGCCAUAUUCAUAAUUAAUUACUGCAGCAUUCCAAGUUUGGCCUGGAUGUGCUGCAGCACUUUGGGAAAAUUGCAUCCAGGUGAUUACCACCUGCAAAUUAAAAAUGCGUUUCCACAGCAUGUCUACUAACAAAUCCAUUUUCUCUGUCAUUUUGGAGCAAGUUCACAGAAGUAUCCUCACAAUGCGAUCAUCUGCGACACCAAAAUUGAGAACUAGGUUGAUUAUUGUAAUGCUUGCGCCUAAUAUUUGUUGACAUACCCAUUUUAGGUCAAGAGUCAAACAAUGAAAGUAUUCAGACAAAAAUGUUAUAUAUGUGAAUAAGGAAAUUUAGAAUUUUUGUUCAAAGAUUUAGUUUAUUGUCAUUGCUUAUUGAAAAACUUUUAAAUAUAAGUACAUGCUUGUGUCACAGUAAUGGUAUACAAUCAUUGCUUCUUUAGAAAAAAAUAUAUUUAGAUUUUUAUGCACACCAUGUUUUGCUUACGGCCUGUAACCACACACAUUGUUGUUGAUAUGAAAUAUCCUAAUAGAAAUAUGUAAUUAUUUUAUCCACAGAAAUACAUUUUAUACAUUACAGUAGUUUUCUUUUGUCUAGAUGCAUUUGGUAGAAGUGUUUUUCUAAAUAAUUUUUUCCCCUUCUUUCAAAAGCAGUUAUAUAUAUAUAUUUGAAUUUAUCUACUUUCCUAAAUCAUGAUGUGAUAAUGGGGCUUAGCUUCUAUUUUGUGAAUUGAAUAAAUACUAUACUUUUUAUAUUCCUAGCUA